AUGAUUCUGGAGCUUUGUACAUUCCAUGAACUCUGUGUCACAAAAACAUACUUCAGCACCAAGCUUAAUCAUAGAGUCUCCUGGAGACAUCCAAGGUCAAAACAUUUUCACCAACUGGACCACGUCCUUACCAGACGCAGGAGCCUUAAACACGUGCUUGUUACCAGAACGUAUCACAGCGCAGAUAGCGACACAGACAAUUCACUUGUAUGUCGUAUGACAAGACUCAAGCUUAAAACGUUCCACUGCAUAAAGAGAGAAGGAAAGCCACGGAUAUAUGUAAGCAAGACACAGUGGCCCCAACUCUCCAAUGACUUCAUCUCUCGCUUUACAGUUACCUUCGAUGGCAACUACAGCCUUACCGUAUUUUACCAGUGGAACAACCUGAAGUUUACUACCCACACUAUAGCACUUGUCACUUUUGGAAAAAAGAAAGGGACUUCACAAAACGACUGGUUUGAAGCAAACUUAGAGCUGCUUCUACCUCUUUUUGAAGCAAAGCGAUAA